GCCUCAUCGGUACCGGAAACAGGAAGCGGAAGUAGAGGAGACAAAAAUAAAGUCUUUUAGGUUGUGCGCUCACCGGUUGUCCUGACCCGAAGAUGGGGAAUACGAGCAGCGAGAGGCCUGGACCCCUGAAGGGGCGAAGGGACAGCGGCGGUGGUGCCACCAAAGGGGAAGACAGGGCCAAAAUUUUAAUGGACAGCCCAGAGGACGCUGACAUGUACACGACCGAGGAGAGCAAGGCUCCAAUGGAAAAAGAUGAAUUCUUGGCAUGGCAGCAUGAUUUAGAAGUAAAUGACAAAGCUCCGACUCAGGCUCGUCCAACAGUUUUUCGGUGGACUGCAGGAGGGAAAGAAAUUUACUUAGCGGGGUCCUUUAACAACUGGGGGAAAAUCCCUCUCACAAGAAGCCACAACAACUUUGUAGCAAUAUUAGAUCUCCCAGAAGGGGAACACCAGUACAAGUUUUUUGUCGAUGGUCAGUGGACUCACGAUCCUGCUGAGCCAGUAGUAACUAGCCAGCUUGGGACUAUAAACAAUGUCAUUAAUGUGAAGAAAACCGAUUUUGAAGUCUUUGAUGCCUUAAUGGUCGACUCACAAAAAGGCUCUGAUGUGUCAGAGCUUUCCAGCUCACCCCCUGGUCCUUAUCUGCAGGAUGCAUAUAACUGUAAGCUGGAAGAACGUUUCAAGUCUCCCCCUAUCCUUCCACCACAUCUGCUUCAAGUCAUUCUUAAUAAAGACACAGGCAUUUCAUGUGAUCCAGCUUUGCUCCCGGAGCCCAAUCAUGUCAUGCUGAAUCACCUCUACGCACUGUCCAUUAAGGAUGGUGUGAUGGUGUUAAGUGCUACUCAUCGUUACAAGAAGAAAUAUGUCACCACACUGCUGUACAAACCCAUAUGAGCUGCCUCCAUAGACUGUACUCCUUGAAAUUUAUGCCUUUUUUCACUUUUUUAUAUAUUAAAUGCAUUAAAUAUUUGCAAAAUAAGCUAUAGCUGUCAGUAAUGCGUUGAGCAUUAUAUUGGUUCACGAUUCACUGUUAGAGCUAUAUUGACAGUGCUGCGGUUGUUCUAGAUCUGUCUCAAUUGCACAUUUAUUUGGCUUAAGUAGGGGUAGCAACCAUUCAAAUGAUGUUUGCACUUUCCCGGCCUAUAAGAGUGCCCUGCUGGGUUGGGCAAGGGACAGCACUAGCGAAUAGAUUCGAUCUCCUGCAGCCAUUGUUUUCAGCAAUAUUCUCUUGUUAGAUGUUUGAUUGGCUUAGGUUGUGUGGCGGUCAACCAUAGGCUGUAAUGCAGAUCCCCUGCUUCUGUGUUCUGCAUUGAGCUGAGUGUGGACAUGUUAGAGUUUUAUUACAGAGGGUUUAACACAACCCUACCAGUCACUUUAUUUAUUCUGUUCCUUGGUAACAUCUUUUUGCUCAACUGAAAUAAAUGAGUUCUGUAAGGUAUUUGUAGGAGAAUCCGAAGUUAUUGACGUGUUUUUUUUUUAAUUUUUACCAUA